AUGGUCCGCGGCAUCGCUUUCCACCCCCACGAGUUCCUGCUCUCCUCCUUCGGAAGUGAUCGUGUCGUCCGUUUCUGGGAUCUCGAGACCUAUGAAUGUAUCGGCGUCUCUGACAUGACAGAUACCGACAUCAACAACGUUUCCUUUGCCCCAAAUGGAGAUCUUCUGGUAGCAUGUACCGAUGAGACGCUUCAUCUGGUCACCUGGGAGCCCGUUACGGAAGUCGCCAAGUCGGAGCUGCCGUUGAAUACUAAGGCUCUCUGCCUCCUUCCCACUUCCGAUUCCCUCGAAGUCCUCUGCGCUUUUGGAGAUCGAAGCAUCGUCCUGUUCAGCUCCACGUAUGAGGAAAUCCUCGCCACUGCCGAUAUUGAACCUGUUGAAGACGUCGACCCGUUUGGAAGGCCGGAAUCCCUCGGAAAUUCGCCAGUCACUGACGGGUCGGACGGGGCUCACGAUAGCCCGUUGAGCGACGAGCCGUCGUCACCUGAUGAGGAGCACGAGCCCACCCCCAUUCCCGAGCAGCUAGAUCCCGAAACAAGUCCCUACCGUAACCGGCGCUACACAAAACUCCCCGAGACGCCUACGCGUCGCCCGCCACUCGGUGCAAAAGCCGGUGUUUCUCGACUGAGCAGCUCAAGUAGCACCUCGAAAUCCACGUCUUCAUUAGCUUCAGUGGAGCGGCCUGGGGUUCAGAAAAGAUCAUCUACACCCGAGACACCCAGCUCGCCCACGAAAACGAUGGGAAGUCGGCCGAGCACCAUCAAAAAGGCCCCCAGCCUAAAUCCCGACAUGCGCCCCCGGAACAGCUCGAUGGGGAGGCUGGAGGUGGAGAAACCGAAAACCCUGCCAACAACACAGGCACGCCCGGAUCGAACGAUGGGGAAAAGCCCGGCCAAGUCACCGGGCCCCCCGAAGGAUAUGAGAAGGGCGAACAGCCUGAAGAAUGGCUCAAGGCAGGCCAAGCCGCCGGAGACACUUGGUGAAGCAUGUACCAUGGCGAGCACCGGCCAUUCCACCUUUACGAGUCGACUCGAGGAACGGCGACAAGGAUUUGCAUCGGUGUCCGCUUUGGUUCGAAGUCGAGGGCUACUCGGGGCUGUCGAUGUUUUGGACGGGAAUAAGAAAGAACUCGCCUUGCUGUGUGAAGCCGUCGCCGCCGGAAGUCAGAUGAGCUUCCCUCUGGCGAUGAAGCUUCUCCCUCGAAUCCGGAUACUCUGGAGUGCCAUCGGGGUCUCCAAGCCUGGGAUAUUGAGCUUAUUAGCCAAGAUCGUCUUCGACCUGGGCCACCAGCUUAAGAUCAACGCCCGGGGCCCAGCUUCGUCUAUAGGUGUUGACGUAGCGGCUGAGGAGAGGAGGGCGAAGGCACUGAAAUGUGUUGAGGCCCUCGCCGAGAUCCAGCUCAACGAACCCUUCUACCGCGAAAGCCUAAAAGGCGAAAAUCGCGCUCUCUUCGACCGGGUCAUGAAAGAAAUCGCCGGAAUCUGCGCC